UUUCAAGCAAUUUCAGUCACCCUCGCGGCUCGGCUUAUCUAAGCGCUGACUAACCGUUCAAACCCAGGCUCUGACGUCGCUAUUUUGUAUACGAAUAUAUUGAAGUCUGGCAACUAACUACAACUCUCGACACCGUCUUCGAUUUGUCGCUGUUUCAACAAUGGUGCGGAAGUUGUCUGACUCCUAUUCUUCCUCCGACGUUACAUCCAUCAACCUCACCCAUCUCCUUGCCCGCCUCGAGAACAACCUGCUAUCUCCUUCCGCAGAUCUCAAACUGCUACGUCGAUCUCCCUAUCACCGAGCUAGAGUUGGAGCUAACAUCGAAUAUGCGCGAACCCUAAUCCUGAAACUCGAACUCACCCUCCCGAACAUCAAAAUCCAAUCGCGCAAACAUGCUCUCCAGACUGAUCUUGCCCAGAAGCGGCAGCAAAUCAAGACUCUUAAAACCCAUCUAGACGAAAUUGCAGCCGCUGCAGCCGAAACGGAUCCAGAUACCCAGACCUUCUCGUCGGACAACGAGGAUGAUUUGCUACCAACACCAAGUGACAGUACCCCAGAUACAACAUCCCCACCGCCAACCAGAGGAGCAGACCAAGCAUCAACAAGACAUGAAGAAGUAGAAGAUGAGAGAAAAGGAGAAGAAAGCGAAGCAGAGGAGACCACCCAAGAACGAAGAAACGAUGAACAAGUUGUAGAUAAACCUCCAUCACCAUCUCCAACACAACCACGAGAGCCAUCACCAUCAAACACCUUCCGCAGCAGACACCCCCAUCACCACCGUUAUCCAUCAUCAUCAUCAGCCACCACCCCAACGGCCACAACAACAGGCACAUCCCUCCCCACCGCCACCACCACCACUAUUAGACCCCUAUUCCCCAACCGCCCAACCCCCACCACCUCAUCCACCCCCUCCGCACAAACCGCCCUCUCCCAAAACGAAGCCGAACAAGACACCCUAACCACCUCCCUCCUCGCGCUAGCCACCCAACUAAAAACCUCCACGCAGAACCUACACACGAGCCUCGAGUCCGAAAAGUCAAUCAUCGAGCGGGCGGCGGAGGGUUUGGACCGGAGCACGACGGGGAUGGAGGCGGCGGGGAAGCGGUUGGGGGCGCUGAGGCGCAUGGCGGAGGGCAGGGGGUGGUGGGGGCGUGCGUUGAUGUAUGUGUGGAUAUUUGGGCUGUGGGUUGUGGCGGUGUUGAUUGUGUUUGUAGGGCCGAAGUUGAGGUUUUGAAGAACGAGGGGCCGGGUUGGUUGGUUUAUGGGAGUUGGUUUAUGGAAGUGGGUGGUGCACUGGUGUAGAUUACUUCAUGCGGGGGGGGGGUUAUGGGAUGGAUGGGACUUUACUCUAUCUCCUAUGGAAGCCCUAUGAACAAUUAUUCUUUAUUAGUUUUGUUUCGUUACGACUACUACUCGUCUAGACAGCCCUGGAGAUAUCGUCUUAUAUAACUACCACAUACAUACCACAUGUAUGCAGCAUGCCAGCGCAAAAAGACUUUAUUCGUUCGUUGGUGUGGCCCGUGGCCCGUGAUCCAUAAAGUACCCCAACUCACCCAUUACCCCCCCCCCCCCCCGGGUAAAAAAAAAAAAAACCCUUCGGGGCCUUUUUCCCCCCCCCCCGCAAA